AUGCGAACUGUCGCUUCGUUAGGUCUUGAGGAGCAGGCUCUCAUGCUCUAUGACGGAUUUCUUGCUAAGAGAGCAGCGAAGUCUCUCCAAUCCAUACUGGUUGCUUCGGCGCUCUACGCUGCAUCGCAAUCCGUUGUGUAUUUAUGCGCCGCCCUUGCCUUCUGGUACGGUGGGACACUGAUUGCCGAUCGCGAAUACUCUGAUUUUCAGGUCUAUGUAUGCUUUGUCUGUCUCAUAUCGGGCUCUCAGAUUGCCGGUUCAAUCUUUACCUUUGCACCUGAUGCCGGCAAGGCGAUGCAUGCGGCCCAGGACCUUCAGUAUAUAGCGGAACUUGAUGAUCCUGAGAAUGAACUGCGGUGGCGGCCCGCGGAGUCUGGCAUAUUGGAGCACAAGAGAACACAACACGAGCUUCUUCACGGCCUUGACCCUUGUCGGGUGACCUUGAAGAACGUGUCUUUUGCGUAUCCCUCCAGACCAGACAAACGUGCUUUGGACGACUUUACGAUUACUGUUGAGCCCGGGCAGACGCUCGCUUUGAAACAGCGCAUCACUAUCGCCCGUGCAUUCUUGCGCAAGUCCAAGCUUUUACUACUAGACGAAGCCACGUCGGCACUCGAUAGUGAGUCGGAGGCUAUCGUGCAAGCGGCCAUUGAUGCAGUCAAGAAGAACCGUACUACCAUUAUGGUCGCCCAUCGUUUGAGCACAGUCAUGAAUGCCGACAUAAUUUGCGUGAUGCGCGAAGGAUCUAUAGCCGAGAUUGGCAACGCCAAACAGCUUAUGGCAAGACGUGGGCUGUUUUGGGAGAUGAACUACCCCUGCAAGCCCUCGUCUCGCCUAUAUCCAUCACCUAAACCCAAUAUAGAAACUUACCUCUUGGGCUAUUCCCUAGGGUUGACGAGUGCAAAUAUGUCUUCAAGCAAUCAGGAUCCGCUCUCAGUAGCAGAGCCUUUACCCAUCCAAUCUCGGGACGUUGCUGUAUGCCAGAAGCAGCAGGGGCAGACAGAGGAGCACCAACGGCAGGUUGAAUACUGGGUCAAACAGCUAGAAGGAAGCCAUCCAGCCCAAUUUCUCUGCGACAAGCCACGACCGACUAUACUGUCGGGAACAGCCAAGAAGCAACAGGUUGAAUUCAGUGGUUCGCUGUAUAGAGACCUACAGAACUUCUGCGAAGUACACCAAGUGACCCCUUUUACUGUUCUGCUCACUGCGUUUAGAACAACACACUACCGGCUUACUGGCGCAGACGAUGCGACUUUGGGCACCCUAACAGAGGACCGGAGCUGUGAAGAGCCGGAGAGCAGAGCUGAUUUGUUUGCUCAUUUGCAAUGCAUCAGAAUCCGGGUCGACGAUGAUCAAACUUUCGAACAGUUGGUCCACCAAGUUCACAGAACAUCAGAGGGCACACAUGCGAACCAAGAUGUCCCAUUCGAGAGUAUCGUUUCGGAGCUAUCGAUGGAUAUUAGAGGCGGGUCGCGUAAUCCUAUUGUUCGGGUCGUAUUUUCCUUAUGCUCUAAACGGAACCUAAGGCGAUCCACGCCCGACAGCCUGGAGACGGAACAGCUGAGCGUCGUGCCGGGCUCGAGCUUAGACCUAGAGUUUCACCUGUUCCAAGAAGCAGAUUGCAUCCGUGGCACUGUUAUAUUUGCGACAGAACUCUACCAUCAACGAACUAUCGGCGGGAUGAUUGCAGUCUUCUACGAGGUUCUCAAACGAGGCCUUGAGGUGCCGCAGAUACCGGUCGCCUCGCUACAGCUCACCGAUGGCAUCUCCACGCUACGCGAAAUGGGCCUUCUUGAGAUCAAGCGCACGGGGUAUGCGCGCGAUUCCAGCGUGGUCGAGGCGUUCCAGCGCCAGGCUCUCGCUUCUCCUAGCGUUGUGGCCGUUAAAGACUCCACUGGCGAGCUGACAUAUGCCCAACUAGAUGAAAGAUCGGAGAGGCUGGCCAGCUGGCUUAUACACACUGGCAUUCCUGCCGAAACACUUAUUGGCGUUCUUGCCCCACGGUCAUGUCAGACGAUUGUAGCGUUCCUUGGGAUCCUGAAGGCGAACCUCGCGUAUAUGCCGCUGGAUAUCAAACUGCCUAAGUCACGCAUCGAGGCCAUACUCUCAACCGUCCCGGGCCACAAGCUGCUUCUUCUCGGACCAGAUGUGCCGGCUCCGGCUAUUCAGGUAGCUGAUGUCGAGUCCGUCUCUAUUGCCGACGUCCUCCACCGUUCGGCUCAGGUUGACCAGGCCAGUCACGGACUGGCAGCGGCUUCUGUGGCUCCUUCGGCUACUAGCCUAGCGUAUGUCAUGUUCACAUCGGGAUCGACAGGCAAACCUAAGGGAGUUAUGGUUGAGCAUCGUGGCAUACUACGGACAGCCGACGUGCUCUCGCGGAUUUGGGAAGCUGUUCCAGUUGCACACAUGACCAAUAUCGCGUUUGACACGUCAACGUCGGAGAUCUACACCCCUUUAUUGAACGGAGGAACAAUAAUCUGCAUAGACGACAUGACAGCCUUGGACGGCGUCAUGUUGGGUGACUUGUUCAACAAAGAGCGAGUCGAAGUUGCUGUUUUCCCUCCGGCCUUCUUGAAGGAAUGCCUCGUUGCUUCUCCCACCACGCUCCAAGCACUUCGAGUACUUUUUACAGCUGGAGACCGUUUAGAUGCACAGGAUGCGUCCAAAGUACUCCAAUUAGUCAAAGGCGGUGUUUACAAUUCCUACGGCCCUACAGAGAAUUCAGUGCUUAGCACAUUGUACCGCAUACUCCCGCAAGAAAGGUGUGUAAACGGUGUGCCCAUUGGGCGGGCCGUCAGCAAUUCAGGCGCAUAUGUCAUGGAUCCGCAGCAGCGCCUGGUCCCCAUCGGAGUCUUAGGAGAGCUCGUCGUCACUGGGGACGGCGUCGCCAGAGGAUACACCAAUCCGGAGAGGGAUCGCGAUCGAUUCGUGCGCGUGGUAAUCGACGGGAUGUCAGUGAAGGCCUAUCGGACAGGAGAUUACGUGCGAUACCGGCCGAUGGAUGGCCAGCUCGAGUUCUUUGGCCGCAUGGACUACCAGGUGAAGAUACGAGGACACCGUAUCGAGCUAGGGGAAGUGGAGCAUGCACUACUUGCCUAUGAGUCUAUCAAUGACGCUGUGACAGUAGUACGUGAUGCAGAUGGCCAGGAACCGGAGUUGGUUAGCUUUAUCACCAUCUCUGACGGUCAGGGUUUCUCCGAAUGGGAGACAGCAGACAGCACAAGCGAGCAAGGACAGGUCGAAACGUGGAGGGAGCACUUUGAUGUAACCGCGUAUGCUGGCAUCGACAACAUAGGCCCUAGUAAGCUAGGGAGAGAUUUUGUUGGAUGGACGUCCAUGUAUGAUGGGAGUGAAAUCGACAGGACGGAGAUGGAAGAGUGGCUGGAUGACACUAUCGCGGCUAUCCUCGACGGUGGUGAGCCCCGCAACAUCUUAGAAGUGGGUACAGGCAGUGGAAUGAUCCUGUUCAAUCUACCCCAAUCUCUGCAAAGUUAUGUCGGUCUUGAGCUUGCUGAACAAGCGGCAACGUUCGCGAACAAGGCGGCCCAAUCGGUACCGUCGUUACGGGGAAAGGUUGAGGUACGAGUCGGCACGGUCACGGACGUCGCUCGUACUGACAGGCUUAACUCACCUGACCUAGUCGUGGUCAAUUCAACGGCACAGUAUUUUCCUACUCCUGAGUAUCUAUUGAGGGUAAUAGAGGACCUCCUCCGUUUGGACAGCGUCGAACGUCUGUUCUUCGGUGACGUGCGAUCCUACGCUCUCUAUCGACAGUUCCAAGUGACGCAGGCACUACAUAUCAACAGUACAGCAACGCCGGGCGCAGUCAGACAGAAGAUGGCAAAGAUAGAACGAGCGGAAGAGGAAUUACUUAUUGAUCCCGCAUUUUUCACGGCGUUGGAGGCUCGGCUACCGGACCUUGUAGACCACGUCGAGAUCCUACCUAAGCGGAUGAGGGCAACCAACGAGCUCAGCUGUUAUCGAUACGCGGCUGUGGUAUACAGGAAACGCCAGAAGGAACGGUCGCAGCCCAUUUACCAGGUCGACAAGGGGCAGUGGACCGACUUUGUGUCGUAUCAGCUAGACCGUCAGUCGCUUCUACAACUUCUGGAAUCCCUUCCGAGCACCGCUGUCGCAGCGGUCAGCAACAUUCCGUACAGCAAAACCAUCCUUGAGCGAUGUGUUCUAGAGUCGCUAGACAGCGCAACGGACGAAAAUCUCGAUGGCAACGACUGGAUUAGCUCUUGCCGCGAAGCGGCAAGGAGUGCUCCGUCGCUCUCGGUUGUCGACUUGCACGAAGUGGCCCGUCUCACCAAUUUUUCUGUGGAAAUCAGCUGGGCCCGGCAGGCCUCUCAGAGUGGCGGCUUGGAUGCCGUGUUCCACCGCUAUCCACCUAGAAUCGCCGGAGCCAGGGUCUUGUUUCGCUUCCCUACCGACCAUCAUGACCGCGCCUUUCACUCUCUGACCAACCGGCCGCUCCAGCAGCGACUGAAGCAAAAGAUCGAAGAGCAGCUGCGCAACAAGCUCAAGGUGAAGUUGCCAUCCUACAUGGUUCCCUCCGUGAUUCGGGUGCUAGACAAGAUGCCCAUAAAUGAUAACGGCAAAGUCGAUCGCCGAGCGCUUGCGAAGAGUGCACAAAUCGUUAAGGCCAAUAGAUCGUCGGCUGUCCGCGUGCUGCCACGUAGCGACGUAGAGCGCGCCCUGUGUGAGGAGUUUGCGAACGUGCUGGGCCGCAAGACUGGUGUCAAGAAUCAACCGUCGGCUGAUGUGCAGACUCUAUGUUUUCGAUCUUCUAAACUCGCCCACCCCGGCUGCGCUAGGAGACAUGAUCCCCACAAGGAGUACUGA